UUGACGUUUAACUUUUUUGUCAUACCUGUCUAGUGCAAUCUUGAACAAAUAAUGGACCUGAUAUUACUUAUAGGCAUUGCCACUGCGCUGCUUAUUGUGCUGCUCACACUUUACUUCCUGCAGAACCGAAAUGCCAAGACUGAAACAAAGCCCGCUGCUGCACAGGCACAACGUGGCGUCCCACAGCGUGCACAGGAAGGUGUUCCGAGACGUGCACAAAUCGCUCGCAAUCAGCGCAAUCGCUUGCGUCAGAAUGCGCCAGCAGCUGCAGCCCCAGCAGCAGCUGCUGCAGCAGCGCCUCCAGCCGAUUCCGACGAGGAUGACGCAGUAGCUGGCGAUGAUGGACAGCGAGUACCACAGGGUGCUGUCCUCGACGAGAAGAUGGGCGCCAAGAAACGCGCCAAGAUGGAGGCUAAGGAGCAGAAGCGCCUGCAGCGCGAACAAGAACUCCACGACCGAGAACAACGCAAGGUGAAGGAGGCCAAGGAGGAGGCCGAACGCAAGGAGCAGGAUGAGCUGGAAGCGGAAGUUGAACGCAAGAAAGCCGAAGCAGAACGCUUGGCCAAGGAAGAGCGCGAACGCAAGGAACAUGAGGAGUAUCUGAAAAUGAAGGCAGCAUUCAGUGUGGAGGAAGAAGGCUACGAGGAGGGCGAUGCCGAGGAAAAGGAAAACUUACUGGCCGACUUCAUACAGUACAUCAAGGACAACAAGGUUGUUCUGCUCGAGGAUUUGGCCACGGCAUUCAAGCUCAAGACCCAGCAAGCCAUCGAACGUAUUCAAGAGCUGCAGGCAAAUGGAACCAUCACUGGCGUAAUUGAUGAUCGUGGCAAGUUUAUCUACGUCUCGGAAGCGGAACUCGCUGCAGUGGCCAAGUUCAUUAAGCAGCGCGGCCGCGUUUCCAUUGCCGAGUUGGCAGAGAGUAGCAAUAAUCUUAUUAACUUGACGCCCGUUGCUGCUGCUGAAGGCAGUGCCUAA